GCCUCCAAUUUGGUCUCACACUCGGCAAAGUCCUGCAGUCCCCGGACCCCAGCAUGCAAAAGAACGCCUCCCCGAGCGGCUUCCUGCCCGGCUUCCCGCACUUUGCCACGCAGGCCAUCCACACGGCGCAGGAUCCCGACCAGUGGGAGUCACGCGCCGUGGUGCUGCCCAUCUCUCUGUCCACCACUUUCAAGCAGGACUCGCCCGACGGAUCCUCGGGUUUUGUAUAUGGCCGCUCUGGAAAUCCCACAAGGAACUGCUUGGAGAAAGUAGUGGCCGCUCUGGACGGGGCAAAACACUGUUUGGCCUUUGCUUCGGGGCUCGCUGCCACCGUGACGAUCACCCAUCUGUUAAAAGCUGGAGAUGAAGUCAUUUGUAUGGAUGAAGUGUAUGGUGGCACCAACAGAUACUUCAGGAGGGUGGCAUCAGAAUUUGGGCUGAAGGUUUCUUUUGUGGAGUGUUCCAAAACCAAAUUGCUAGAGGAAGCGAUUACACCGAAAACCAAGCUUGUUUGGAUUGAAACACCCACAAACCCAACCUUGAAGAUAACUGACAUCGAAGCCUGUGCGCGCAUCGUCCGUAAGCACGGAGACAUCAUUUUGGUUGUAGAUAACACUUUCAUGUCUUCGUAUUUCCAGCGACCUUUGGCUCUGGGUGCUGACAUUUGCAUGUGUUCUGCCACAAAAUACAUGAAUGGCCACAGUGAUGUUGUCAUGGGCUUAGUGUCUGUGAAUUCUGAUGACCUCAACGAUCGGCUUCGUUUCCUGCAGAACUCAAUCGGGGCGGUUCCUUCCCCUUUUGAUUGCUACCUCUGCUGCCGAGGCCUGAAAACUCUGCAGGUCCGGAUGGAGAAACACUUCAAGAAUGGGAUGGCAGUGGCCCGUUUCCUGGAGUCGAAUCCCCGGGUAGAAAAAGUUAUUUAUCCUGGGUUACCCUCUCACCCUCAGCACGAGCUGGUCAAGCGCCAGUGCUCGGGCUGCCCGGGGAUGGUCAGUUUCUACAUCAAGGGUACGCUGCGGCACGCCGAGGCGUUUCUCAAGAGUCUAAAGCUGUUUACUCUGGCUGAGAGCCUGGGAGGAUACGAGAGUCUCGCCGAGCUUCCAGCAACCAUGACCCAUGCAUCUGUGCCUGAGAAGGACAGAGCUACUCUUGGGAUCAGUGACACGCUGAUCCGACUCUCUGUGGGCCUAGAGGAUGAAAAGGACCUUCUGGAAGACCUGGAUCAAGCCCUGAAGACAGCGCACCCUUGAAGUUGGAUUGAAGCCGGCAUUCCAGUGCUGCUGUCAGGAGCUGCUCCCAGGGACUCAGAUCUUCCCAAUAGCUGUAUGGACCAUUGAGGAGCAUUUGCAGAAUUCCCCAGAGAACAUUUGAAGGCCCCUAAUGACUUUUGCAGUUGCAACCUUCCGGGAUUCUUCCCUGUUAAGCACUGUCUUCUGUUUAUCUUCUCCUAACUGACAGGUUGGCUCUGUCAGUGUCAUUUUGGUAAUUUUGCUAUGUUAGUAUCCAAGGAAGAGAGAAUUGUGCUGUUUGGGGGAUUAAUGAUGCUGAUUAUUUUCUUUUUUUUCAUAGCCUAAGAUAUAAUCAUGUUUACAAUGUUUACAAUGUCAUAAUUCCCUAUUGAUGUUGUAUGAAGUUAAAUUAUUAAAUGAAUGAUCUUAAAUCCACCGUGACUUUUUCCAUCCUGUUGAAAAAAUAUUGAAAGUGAUGAUUUUCAUCUAAUUACCACAAGCCAAAAAUCAAAUAUUUGAAAUGUCAACUGUGAAAUUCUAGUGAUUAAAGACUGUAUUUGAUAUUUGUUUUUUAAAAAUAAACCUAAUUAUCAAAUGCA